GGGUGGGCUGAGCUGUGUGUUUCUGUGUGCGUGUGUGUGUGUGUGUGUGUGUGUGAGCGUUGGGUAACUGCAGCAGCGGCAGUGCAGCUCGGUGUUUCGCAGCGGUGAGGACGACUCAAGACUCAGAGGAUUUUUCGCGGACUCCGGGAAGCAGGCAGACUCUUCUCAGCUGGAGGAUAAUCAAACAGUCUGGACGUGAGGACACACUCUUCUCACACUUAGAUUGUUUGUAUACAGCAAAUUGAGUGCAAUCGAGGCUGUGCUUGGACCCAGGUCUGUGCGGUAAACAUGGGAGACCAGAGGUCAGUCCAGCCCCUCCUGCUCCUUCUGCUGCUCCUGCUGCUCCUCGCCAGGCUGUCACAGCUAUGGGCCUUCCCCUUCAGCCCCUCUCUGGACUUGGAUGUCACUCCCAGGACAACCGUCGUCUCCAAAGGUCUGUUGGGCAGCGCCCGCUUCACCGGCUCUUCCCGGAACUACAGCACCCUCCUGCUGGAGGAGGAGUCCGGCCUGCUGUACGUGGGAGGCGGAGGAGCUCUGUACGCACUCAACACCUCCAACAUCUCCACACCUGCGAACCUCACGAUUGAUUGGGAUGCUUCCCCUGAACAGAAGAAGCAGUGCCUAAACAAAGGCAGAGACAAUCAGUCGGAGUGUUACAAUCACAUCCGCUUCCUGCAGCGGUACAACGAGACUCACCUGUACGUCUGUGGAACAAACGCCUUCAGACCGCUCUGCGCUUAUAUAGAUGCGGAGCGGUUCAGCUUCUCCUCAGGCUUCGAGGAGGGCAGAGACAGAUGUCCCUAUGACCCGGCGAAAGGAUACACUGGCCUCCUUGUGGACGGCGAGAUGUUCACGGCCUCUCAGUACGAGUUUCGCAGCUCUCCGGACGUGCGCAGAAACUUCCCCUUCCCCACGCUCAGGACAGAGGAGGCCCCAACCCGGUGGCUUCUGGAGGCUGAUUUUGUUGGCUCCGUGCUGCUGAAGGAGAGCAUCAACAGCUCCAUCGGUGACGACGACAAGAUAUACUUCUUCUUCACGGAGAGAAGCCAGGAGCAGAUCGCCUACCCGAGCCAGACCAAGGUGUCAAGGGUCGCCCGAGUCUGCAAGACGGACUGGGGUGGCCAGAGGACCCUGCAGAGGAAGUGGACCUCCUUUCUCAAGGCCAGGAUGGUGUGUUCAGUCCCAGAGUAUGAGCUGCACCUCAAUAUCCUGCGCAGUGUGUUUGUCCUGCAGGGUCGGGACGCUCAAAGCAGCGUUUUCUACGGCAUCUUCGGCCUGGAAUGGAAGAAUAUCAAAGCUUCUGCUAUCUGCCAGUACGCCUUCUCAGAUGUACAGAAGGUUUUCGAGGGGCCGUACAUGGAGGUGCAGGACUCAAAGUGGAGGGAGUACACAGGGAAGGUGCCAGAGCCAAGACCUGGAUCUUGCAUAACAGAUCUGCACAGGUCCCAGGGCAUCAACUCAUCCCGAGACCUCCCAGACAAUGUCCUCACUUUUGCCAGAAGGCACCCACUGAUGGCCGGCCAGGUGCACCCAAUAGGGGUCCGUCCUCUUUUGUUCAAGAGGAGUGUCAACUAUGUCAAGAUAGCCGUGCACAAGGAGCCGGCGCUGGAUGGAAACAUUUAUACUGUUCUGUUUUUGGGAACUGAUGACGGGUGGUUGCACAGAGCUGUAGACGUUGACGGAGAAAUGCAUAUCAUAGAGGAGCUGCAAUUGUUUGAUAAACCGCAGCCCAUAGAGAGUAUGGUCAUAUCCGCAGCUCUGCGGAGCAUCUAUGUUGGCUCCCACUCUGGAGUGGUGCAGGUACCGAUGUCAGCCUGUCAGAGAUACACUUCCUGCUACGACUGCGUGUUCGCCAGAGAUCCGUUCUGUGGCUGGGACGGGAGGGUGUGUGUGGAAAUAUCCUCACGUGCACAGAGGUCAAACCUCACCCAGGACAUCCUGAGAGGGGUCAGAGGCUGCAGGGAGAAUUCAGGAAAUGUUGUCCACCGGAGGCGUUCUGUGAUGUCGGGUGAUGACGUGCUACUACAGUGUGAGCUACGUUCCAACCUGGCAACUCCACGCUGGACUUUGAACGGCAAAGAACUCCAGGGAUACGACCUGAAUUCUGGUUACCGCAUCGGCACAGAUGGCCUCCUCAUAAUCGGAGCUCGUGCCCAACAGAGCGGCUCUUAUCGCUGCUUCGCUGUCGAGAACUCAGUCUCCGUGCUGGUUUAUCUUUACACAGUCAGGGUGCACACCGACCCGUACUUCCCCGUGGAGCCCACGGCCACGACUAACCCCACCACAGUCUCCAGCCCGACUGUUUUCUCCACCAGCAGCCCCACUGAGCAGCCUCUGCCCUCACCUCCCGCCCCGCUGCCUCCAGGACCGGAGUACCAGACCUACAGACACAUGGAGGCUGUGUACAUCUCUCUGGUGGCGGUUCUCGGAGGGCUCUGCUUGGUGUUGACUGUGGUGCUGCUUUACGUGAGCUUCUGCACCAGACGGGCCACUCGGGACCGAAAGUUCUCUCAGCAAGGGCUGCAGGUCCUGGGGGCCUCUGAGAGAAAAAGAAGCUCGCAUCUUGAACUCAAAACCAUCUCCAGCCACUGCAACGGCCGCCAAGGUCGUCGGUCCGUCUCGGUGCCAACCUUCGGGGACAUGGGCGAUGGUUUCCUCCAGAUAGUUCCAGGCGAGUGCCAGAUGUCUCCGGCAAAAACGCCUCCCCCAGCCCCUCCUCUCCCUAUGCCACCUCCGCUCCCCAACAUGGACUAUGCCAACGGGCUGUCGGCCACUCUGCCCAGCGUGCUGAGGAAGAUGAACGGGAACAGCUACGUGCUGCUGAGGCAGGCCGACCCCGAGGGCAUGUCGCCGCUCUACCACUCCUUCACAGAGGAGCUCAACAGGAUCCUGGAGAAGAGGAAACACACACAGCUUGACCUGCAGCCAGAUGAGAGCUCCAUCUAGGACGCCCCUCUCAGUCUUUGUCCCACAGUUAUUUAUUUUUACCCCAACUGUGACCCGUAGGUUGUGGGGAGAACUGACUGUAUCAAACGCUGCUGUGUAUACCCAGUGUCAGAGUACCUGCAGGUUGUGUCCUAACCUGAUCUGAAAUGUGCAGCCUCCCGUGUCUCCCGUGACUGAAUGGCCCAUGAUUUCACUUCAACAAUGGACAACACUAACCACAGAUUGAUAUUCAGAGAGCGAAGCUGUGAAAAAUUUGGCCAAAAACUGCACCAGUGCGUAAGAAAUUACCAUGUGGACUCUCCGGAGGCUUGUUAAAGAUGGUAGUCACAUGACACAAAAGGCAAAGGUGCAAAACGGAACUAAAAAAAAGAAAAAAAUGGCCAGGAGGUGAUCAUGUAUUUUUUAGACCGUGGAAGUGUUAAGGAAGUUUUUAAUGCCAUGUAAUAUUAGCACUCUAUGGAGCUUAAAGUGAUACUCCACCCAAAAUCUAUCACUAAGCAUUGAAAACAUGGCAUACCCUCCAUGCCCUGUGUGUUUGACAUGAGGAAGUUCCUGCUUGUCCAUCAGGUUUGUUGUGGUUCCGGGGGGGAGAAGAGGUUUGACUCACCCAUAGUCCUUCUAGUCUGAUGGUCGUAGGUUUGAUUUGGCUGCUGGGUCUUAGCAAAAAGGAUGGAUGGCAGUCUAAAUGUUGCACAGUCCAAAACAACAAGUCAAACAGUUGUCCUGCCGUCCCAUCUGACUUGUGUUACAUUAAUGGUUAACAAGGAGGUAUAUACCCGCCCCCCCCAUCCUGACAGCCGUGCUGACCCGACAGUCUCUUCUUACAUUACCGAAAGACUUACCACAACAGUAUCUUUUUUAUUAAGCAAGCUUUUAAGAGCAAGUGCAUUUACCCAUAUUUGCACAAAACAAUUGUGUUUGCCAGAUACUGAGCACAUGCACAGACACGCAGAGAAGCGGAUUCUGCUGCAGGAGUAGCUCAUCGUGUUUUGAUCCACUGUUUUUUCUACACCGAAAACUGGAAAAGUUGGAGUCUGUUUUAAGGCUGAACUUUACGACUGCCUUCAUGAUCGAUUAAGUCUUUUUUUUUUUUUUUUUUGAUUUGCUUAAUCAUUUAGUUUCAAAAAGUAGCAGAAAACCUCUUUGUCCAAUCUGAUGUCCCGUCUUAUCAAAUGACUUCUUUUGUCUGACCAAUGAAAAAUAGGCAAAUCCUCACGUUUGAGAAGCUGAUUUUUGCUUUAAUUAGUCGAUCAAUAGACUAAUCGAUUACAAGCUUCCUCUCUCUGUUUGAUGCAUGAAAUAUAAGAUUUUAUGUGGAGUGUCACUUUUAGAAGCCAGUUCUGUUACUGUGCACGACAGCACAGGUGUGAAGACAAAUCAUACAUUUCCGUUUAUUUUUCAACCAAUCUUUCCUCAUUUUUAUUUGUUCUCAUGUAAAUAGCAAUAACGACAUCACUGUUGCAGCUGUUAGUAGCUUUGUGUUGUGCCAGUCCUAAUGGAAACACCUGUAGCGGACUCUUGGACAAUUUGGAUUUUUUAUUAUUAGUGUCUUUCUGUCUUUCUGUUUCUGUUUCUGCAUCUGUGUGUGUGUGUGAGAAAGAGCCAGAGCUGUGUGAGCGGCAGCUUCAGUGGUCUAUUACAGGAGCAGUCAUUUCGUGGUUAGGUUGAUUGAAUUCACUGAAGACCACAGAUUGACUUCAGGGCUCAGGAGGCUGAGAAGAAAACACAACACACUAAGAACAAGCUGUAAAGAAAAUCCUUACCAUAUUUAUACACCUAUAUACUGUCAGACUGAGGCGCAAUUUUUGGAUUAUUAUUCCUUACACCUUGAAGAUAUUUGCCUUCUCAAGACGAUGGAAUCCAAGCACUGAAUUCUUAAAAAAAAAUGAUGUUACAAAGAGAAAAAAAAUGCUUUUCAUCUGGUCUGCAAUAAUAAAUGACAGACAGAUUUGUGUUUGUCCUCUGCUGUGAAAAGGCUGCCAGUGGCAUGUUUCCAAAUCAGACUGGAGAGGACCUUCACACAUGCGACACAAAAAGCAUCCCCUGUGUUUACCUGACACCAGAGCAAUGCCAAAACAACACAAACUGCAGAGCUUACAGUAUUCCUUUGGCAAGGUGAACAGCGUUAUGAUUAAAUAGUGCUUGUAUAAGUUGGAGAGAAGUGACUGAAAUGAAUCUCGGAGUAGUUUGUAAACGUGUCACGGCCAGUGGUAAAUAAAGAUCUGUCUUUCCGGCAAAGUGUUGAAUCAGCUCUUGUGGCAGUGGCUCGGCGGCAGGCCGUCUCUGGUGACUCGCAGUGUGCAUCUGUCAGAGCGUCGCUGACAGCAACAGCAGCGUUUGGCUCGUCUCCAAAAAAAGAGAGAGGACGGGGGCAUCUUUGUCCGCCAUCUUUGCAGGUAGAGGCAGGCAUGAAACAUUUGACCUCCAUGUCCUGGUUAGCCACGCAGGAAAGAGAUGAUGAUGGAAUGAGACAGGAGCUGUUUUGCACUCGAAGGUUUUAAGUCAUCUUCUUGUUUUCCUUGAAAGCCACUUUAUUAUGAACCUUGUUUGAGAGAGAAUAUAGUGCACUCUAUGUGCUUCCAACAAAGUACAUACCUGGCUGCGUGCUUGUGUAUGAAACUCUUUUUUCCAAUCUUUGCACAUCAAAUAUUAUCCCUUUUUGUGUGUUCAGCUGAGAGCAGGAACAUGAAUAUCGUCAAGGAGAGACUGUUCAGAAGUAUGCACCUUUAUCCUCUUUUGAAUGCACAUUUCCGUUUUUUUUUUUUUUAAACUUUAACCCCACUUCUGCUGAUUAUGUUUACUGAUUCUUUUCAAACUGAACAUCUCCCUUUAUUGUUAUGCCAAGCAUCAGUAUCACUUUUAUACAAACAGGGGAUAUAUCUGAUUUAGCAGGUAAAGGCUGGCCUCUUUCAUGAACACUGACUAUAAGUUGUUUGCGUAAUUAUUCCCUUAGAAUUUGUUCGACCAUGUAUUAUUUCAACAUAUUUUAUUACAAGUAGACAUUUGUUUUUUACUACGAGAAAUAGCACGGAUGCAGAAAAAGCUUUUGAUUAGAUGGAGUGGGCUUACGUGUUUUGAGGCAAAUUUUGCAUUGGAAAAUAUUUUUUGACUUAGCUAACGUUUCUAUAUUCCUCAUUGUAUUUUUGCCUGCACUCCAAAAGUUAUUCUACAUAUUUUCCUCUUGGCUGUGGGUUGAAGCAGGGCUGUCCACUUUCGCUGCUGCUGUUUGUCUCCAUGUGUGAAUAAAAAGAAUGGCAGGAACUUAACAGAAAGUGUGACUAUAUGCAGACGACCUGCUUUUAUAUAUUGCAGACUCCACUAAACCAAUACUAUAUAUACUGGACACCUUUUCGCACUUAUCUGGAUAUGAAAAAGUGUUCUGAGUGGUUGUUCCCCUGACCUUUCCUGGUCGUUUCACCUGACCUACAUGCCCCGGAUAUCCAUGCAGAGAACAGACGAACAUGUUGGCAGCUUUUUAGCUUUCUUUUUUUGUCUGCCUCUUUAGCUUUUUUUCAGUUGUCUUUAUCCUCAUCUUCAUUGCUCCCCUCUCUGUCCCACUCUGCCAUCUCUUUUCUUUCCCCGUCUCAUCACCCCUGCAUGACAGCAUCAUCUGUUACUCUCUCUGCUCACAUUCACACUCUCUCUCAAGGACCCUGCUGAGUUUACAAAUGGCCAUGAUGGCCCCUAAUCAAUUAGAGGCAGUUUUUCAAAGAGCUUGAGUCUGUGUUGGUGAAAGCAGGGACCGGAGAACGCAUUAGUUUAACAUCAGAGAUUAAAUAAAUGUUCAUCUCACAUUUUUUGCUGAAGUUAUGAUUUAUGAGAUAUUUUUCCUUGUACAACUUCCCCAUACGCAUCAGACAGAUUAAACAUGACUCCGUGAAACUAAAUUUUAUUGUACCCACAGGGCUCAGAAAGUCUGAUCAGGAUUGAUGAGAUUUUCUGGUCCAUGCUAAUUCAUAGGUAUGAUUUAUUUGAAAUGUUUUUGUUGGGUUACAUUUUAAUUUUGUAAAAGUUUCUACUGAGUUCAACAUGUUGCUGUACUUAACCAUGUAUUAUACAAAAGCUCCCAUAAUCAUGUUAACUCAUCCUCGAAUUGUGGACAAUCUUUAACAUGUUGGAAGCUUCAUCUGAAUCUGCGACCAUUGCUGCUGCUGCUGCUUCUUUCUCACUCAAAGACAAUCUGUUUACAAUAGCCAAUGGCUCCGCACUGCUUUCUGUGCUAUGGACUUUAUGUAAAAAUAGCUAACGUGUUGGCUACCAGUUUCACAUUCACAUUGUUUCUGUACACAAACACACAGUGAAGCACUUGUUUUUGCGAAUAUACAUCCUGCUGAUUCAAUAUGCAACGACAGGAUAUUUUAUGUAGACGUAGAUCAUUUCUCUAAGUGUUGGCCAAAGAAACUGGUGUAAAGAGUCCACAAUUUGCACUGUUCUUACGUAAAUACUUUGUAGUAUACUCCUGUAAACUGUGACACUUUCCAUCAAGUUGGUUCUGUAUGAUUUUCAGAUGUAGAUAACAAACUUACCCAUGUGGUCUUGGCUGAAACGACAUCGCUGCUUCUUGUAAGAUAGUUUAAUCACUUGAGCUGUUGACAGAAAGACUUUUUUUUUUUUUUUAAUGUUGAGUCUCAUGUCUUAUUUAUUUGAAUUCAUAAAAUUUUCACUUGCUCUUGUGAAGAUAAAACAAAAGAAACACUUUGCAUUAUGUUCAGCCUGGGGGAAAAUAUGUUCAUCAUCAACAGCCCUGAGGGGAAGUCAGGAAAUUACAUGCAAAAACAUGUUCACACUCGUUCCUCUUCUCAAGAUACUCGGUCAUUUUUAGCUUGUGGCGAGCAGCAAGGCCACUGUCCUCCGCUGGGAACGCAGCCCACAUGAUCCUCAUUUACAUACAUAUAUUACAGAGCAGAGGUAUAACAUAAGGUGGGGAUAAAAUGACCAUUUUCAGAGCAGCGUUCAAGGCUAGUAACUUAGCAACAGCAUCUUUAUUUAGAGCCUUUUAAAGUCCUAGCGUGGGUCAAGCUGUGCCAGUUCCCAUUGGGGAGCGCGGGUGUGAUGGGAGCACAGUGGCUCUGAUAAAUGUAACUGGUGCCAUAGAUAAAUGAAAAUGCAGGAAGUGAGCAUCAUUAGCCAUUUAAUGCUUUUAAUUCCAUGUCUUUUAUUAAAACCUUAGCCACUUUUAUUGGCUGAGCAGUGACAGUAACAGUAACUGCAGUCUAUAUGCAGUGGUGGAAAGUAAGAAGUACAUUUACUCAAGUACUCACACUCAUAGUUACUAAUUACUUUUCAAAUUAAGAUUUUAUAUAUUAAAUAAAAUAAAACUAUACAUUGUUAUAGAUUAAACUACAAGAACAGCAGCAUAUACAGCUGUGAAAAAUGAGCUAUACCUUCAAUGUUCACCUGCUGCUUAGAUGGUGAUGAAUUGGUCAUAAAGUUUCUACAAUAUACAUGAUAAAUUUAACACUUUUUGCAUAAUCAGUAUUUUUACUUUUGAUACUUAAAGUGCAUUCUUCUGCUAAUUCUACUGUAAUUUUACUUAUGAGAUUUUAAAGGUCCCAUCUAAAGGUAAAUGUCCAUGUGUUUUUUGAUUAUGGAUCAGGUCUAGGUUCUAUAUUAAUACUGUGAAAGUAUCAAAGCGCUCAGUCCACAGAGAAAUGCACACAGCCUGUAUUCAGAAAUUGAACCUUAAAAUGAGCUGUCAGGACUUCUGUAACUUUGUGAUGUUACAACAAAACAUUUACCACGUUCAGCUUUGCCCCACGCCCCGCCCACCUGGACCCUUCACCCAACCUUAGACCUUGGAUUUGAUUUCUUUUGGUUUUUACCUGAAAUCUGCUGUUUUUAUUUGACCACUCAGGAAGCAGUCAGCCAAUAAGAGGAGAGGCUCAGAGCCUCCUCUCUUCUGAUUGGCUGACCGAUGUGUUGUUGCUAGAGCCCCAGAGAAGCCUGAGAGAGAUGUUAAACUACAUUGAGAUGGUUUUUGGUCCUUAAAACCACAGAUAUAUAUUCUUAUGGGUAUCAAAACUUAAAACACCAGGAAGUGUAAAAUAUGAGACCUUUAAAAGUUGGACAUUUACUUGUAAUUGAGUAUUUCCCUUGUUACGGUAUCAAAUACUUUUAAAAGAUCUGACUCCUUCCACCAAUGUCUGUAUGUGGGAGGAUAAUUUAAAGGGAAGGGGCAUCCAUACUCUUAUCAAAAAUGCAACUCAAGUGCAGAUACUUGGUAGAAAAUGAGUGAAAUCAUCAGCAGUAUCCAGCUGCAGAGCUCGACUGCUGUGUCUCUCACUCAUCACCACCACCCUCUGCAGUUUUCUCACGCUCUUAUUCUACAUAAAUUUUCCCAAAUAGCCAAACCAUCUCCUGCAGGCAGAGUUAUAUAUGCCAACAGUCUCGUAUCCAUCAAUCAACAGAAACCGGCAAUCUGUCCUGGGGCGUCUUUUCCAUUCGCUCCAUGCAAUUCUUCUUAUUUGUAUUCAUCUGACGACUAGCAUUUGCUUGCAUAUGUCUGUAUUUUUUUGUGAAAGAACACUGGGGUUAUCUGUGCAGGGAAAGCAGGGCAUGCUUUUUGCAGUCAAAAAAAAUGAUGAACUGUGUGAACUGCAAAGAAAGCAAGUUUUGCCAACAUCCACCGCGUUGAAUCGAGUGUUAGUUUUGUGUUCCUUUCAGUCGAUACAGACGACAGCUCUGUGCUGAAGGUUAAGAGUUGUCCCUCAAGCAAUCACACAACUAUCUGUCAUGUUCAUUUAAGCUCUGGAUCAUUUAAAGGUUGUGCAGCAAGGAAACCUUCAAAUCAUAUCAGUAUUACACUGUAAAAACACGUGCAUUCCCUGUGUCAUACAAAUAAAACAAAAAAAAAAAGGUGUA